UGGGUUGCUCACAGACUCCUUAAGGAGUUUUUAUGGGGUAAAUUGGAAGUUAUUUGUCUUUUUCAGGUGGUUGGUUGCCCAGUGGUCAUCUUCCUUAUUUGAAUGAGGAUAGCCGAGAUAAGGGAACAAGGAAGUCCGGAGAUGGUGUGAACAGACUUGGCCUUUGGGAAUUGGCUGGUAUCCUCUGCUGAUUUCUACAGGGAGUUGUAAUUUCCCUCAACUGAUGUUAGGAAGCAGAAUGUGCCUACACCCUCUUCGUUGUUGCCGUGUUUUGGCUGACAGAAGCUUUGCCUCUGUCGGUGACAGCUUUGUUGCCUGGACUAAUGUUCCCCUUGUUUGGGAUCAUGCCUUCCAAGGAGGUGGCAUCUGCUUAUUUCAAAGAUUUUCACCUCCUGCUCAUUGGAGUCAUCUGUUUAGCAACAUCAAUAGAAAAAUGGAAUCUGCACAAAAGGAUUGCUCUGAGAAUGGUGAUGACAGUGGGUGUGAACCCAGCAUGGCUGACCUUGGGAUUCAUGAGCAGCACCGCCUUCUUAUCCAUGUGGCUUAGCAAUACCUCUACUGCUGCCAUGGUGAUGCCCAUCGUGGAAGCUGUGGCCCAGCAGAUCAUCAAUGCUGAAGCAGAGGUUGAGGCUACUCAGAUGACUUAUUUCAGUGGAUCAACCAACCUUGGACUGGAAACUGAUGAAAGUGUUAAUGGACAUGAAACAAAUGAGAGAAAAGAGAAAACAAAACCAGUUGCAGGAUACAGAAAUGAGGCAGGAAAAAUAUCAGGCAAGAUGGAGCUGGAAAAGAACUCAGGCACGGGAAACAAAUACCGAACAAAGAAGGACCACAUGAUGUGCAAACUGAUGUGCUUGUGCAUUGCUUACUCAUCUACCAUUGGUGGACUGACAACCAUCACUGGUACCUCCACCAACUUGAUCUUCGCGGAGCAUUUCAAUAUGCGCUACCCUGAUUGUCACUGCAUCAACUUUGGAUCGUGGUUUAUUAUGUCCUUCCCAGCUGCCAUUAUUAUUCUCCUCUUGUCCUGGAUCUGGCUUCAUUGGCUUUUCCUAGGAUUCAAUUUUAAGGAGAUGUUCCAAUGUGACAAGACUGGAACAGCCAAACAAAAAGCUUGUGCUGAGGUGAUUAAACAAGAAUAUCAAAAACUUGGACCAAUAAGGUAUCAAGAGAUUGUGACCUUAGUCCUUUUCAUUGUAAUGGCCGUGCUGUGGUUCAGCCGAGAUCCUGGGUUUGUUCCUGGCUGGUCUGCGCUUUUUUCGCAGUAUCCCGGUUUUGCUACAGAUUCAACUGUUGCCUUACUUGUAGGACUCCUGUUCUUUCUUAUCCCUGCUAAGAGACUGACCAAAACUACACCUACAGGAGAAACUGUUGCUUUUGAUUACUCUCCACUGAUUACUUGGAAAGAAUUCCAGUCAUUCAUGCCCUGGGAUAUAGCCAUUCUUGUUGGUGGAGGAUUUGCCUUGGCAGACGGCUGUGAGGAGUCAGGACUAUCUAAGUGGAUAGGAAAUAAAUUAUCUCCUCUAGGUUCAUUACCAGUCUGGCUAAUAAUUCUGAUAUCUUCUUUGUUCGUCACAUCUUUAACGGAGGUAGCCAGCAAUCCAGCUACCAUUACCCUCCUUCUUCCAAUACUAGCUCCAUUGGCUGAAGCCAUUCAAGUCAACCCUCUUUAUAUUUUGUUACCUUCUACUCUGUGUACUUCAUUUGCAUUCCUCUUACCAGUAGCAAAUCCACCCAAUGCUAUUGUCUUUUCAUACGGCCAUCUAACCAUUAUCGACAUGGUUAAAGCUGGACUUGGCGUUAAUGUCUUGGGAGUUGCUGUGGUGAUGCUUGGCCUGUUUAUCUGGAUGGUACCCAUGUUUGACCUCCACACUUACCCUUAUUGGGCUCCUACAAUUGCUAAUGAGACCCUGCCUUGACAAGCAUGGAUGCUUUGAUUAUCCCAUGGUGAGUUUUUAGGAACCAUUAAGAAUUCACUGCAAAAUUUUGUUCUAGAAAACUGAUGACACUUCAGUAAGUACUGGUGUAGCUGCUACAGUUCCACUGAACACCCAAAACCUGCUGUCAUGACUCAGAACCCACAUUUCCUUAGAGAAGCAACCAAGAGCAUCUAUGUGCCUUCAUAAGAAGCCCACAGUUGAUAUUUUGCUCAUGGACCAUAUGCAUCCUGUUUCAUCAUAAGAAUAAUUUAUAACUUGACCUUCAGAGAGAUUAGGUCAUUUGCUUCAUCUGACAGUUUGAGUUCACUGUAACAUUUCAAGUGUCAGUUUAUUAUUUCAAAAACUUUCCAUGAACCUAGAAAUAGAAAAUAAAACAUAUAAGUUAAUUAGGUACUUGUAUAAAUUCUUUCUGUAGUAUUGUCCAAGAGAAUUUUCUGAAAAAUCAAAACUGUGGUCAUCUGGUGGUGCAAAAGAAAAGUUUAAUAUAAAUAAAAUGUACAUUCUCUCAUUUAAAAACUGUUCCAACCAGAUUACUCUUGAUAUAUCCACAUUAUAUCAAAAUUGAAAGUGAGUAGUAGUUCCAAAAUUAUAGCUAAAUCCACUCAACAACAGAAAAUAUAAGGGUUAAUGUCCACUUGGCCUAUAGUUAAAGUAACAUAAUUCAUACUUUUAUGAAUGAGAAAUACAUUUCAUAGAACUAUGGUUAAGGCUUGCUAUGACUUGAACUAUUAGCAUAGUAUAGUAAGAAAAGAAUGCUAAACAGUGUAAAACUAUUAACACAUUUGUGUAUUUUUAUAACAGUUUUGCUUGUGUUUAUUUCAGAAAUACAUAAUGCCUUAUGUAAAACCAAGUGAUUCAGAAAUUUAAAUGAAUUAUCACUGUGUAUACAGACACAGAAAAAAGUUAUGUAAUUCCAUUACAUCAACAGUGAAAUACCAGAGGGGAAAUAAAUAAUAAAAAAUCAAAACUGUUGAUAUAUUUGCAAAAGACAAAAAUAAAUUACCUAUGGGCAAACCAAAAAGAAAAAAAGAAUUGAACAUUCAGACAGAAGUAGGAAGAGAACAAUCUCCUAGCCUUUGGGAUAUGGAAGAGGAAGGUCUAAUGGCAUGCCAAAAUUACACUAAAGGGGAAAAACUGACAAAGACAAAAAAUUGUGUACAGUUAGGAAAAUAUGGAGAGGUUAAAACAGAGUGAUUCUCAUGCUAAAAAUAGCCAAGACAUGGAAACAACCUAAAAGUCCAUUGACAGAGGAAUGGAUCCAGAAGAUGUGGUACAUA